AUGUCUUUUGGUGGGAUCAAUACAUUCCAACAAUAUUCGACGGAUUAUGGUCUCGGUCAUAAUGGCAUUAAAGUUUCAUUCAACUUUUUUGAUGGAAUUCCUGAGGCCUCUUUGCUGAACUCAUUGGCGUCAAAUGAACUUCAAUUGAUAUUUAAGCUAUUACUUAAAAAAGAUGAGGUUACUAAGGAAAAGGCACUUUCAGACUUGCUGAAACUUUUGAAUGAUUUUCCCAGUAAUAAGUAUCUUUUUGCUGAUGAUAUCUUUUCUCUGUGCUGGUCUCAAGUGUAUCCUAAACUUUUGCUAAGCAAUUCCAAAAAUAUCAGAGUUCAAUCUCAUCAAGUAACAUCCACUCUUAUCAAAGUUUUGCAUAAGAAAAUAGCAAAGUUUUUGAAAGACUUCAUACCACCACUUUUAUUAGGAAGUUGCGAUUCAGACUCAUUUGUCAGUAAGUCAUGUUCGAAUUUCAUUAGCAGUGCUUUCAACGGAGACUCUAAAAAAAUAAGUGCGCUAUGGACACUUUUUCAUGAAGAUAUACUGAACCUCGUGAAGGAAGUUAUCGUAGUCGAGAACGAUGGGACCAUCUCAGACGAGCGCUAUAUUGGUAAGGAGGAUUCUCAACUUAGAUACAAUAGGCUACUAACGAGCACUAUAUUGCUUCUAAAUACUUUAAUUGCAUCCGAUGAAAAGAACAUGGACAAUCACAGGAUUACGUAUAAGAAAAUUUUAAGCUCAGAUUCAUUAUGGAACCUUUUAAGCCUAAAAAAUACACUUUUCCUGAAGGGUUAUGAAACAGUUUUGAGAUUACUCCAAUUACUAUAUCGCAUAGGUUACCUUAGAUCACACAAAGAAAUCUUGAAAAUAUCUGUGCGGAAAUUACUCAAGUCAUUGGCACAAGUUAACCAGAAGAACAUUUUGAAAGUUUCGGAUCUUAUGGUGAGCAUGCUCGAUUCUCUCAACUUGCUUAAUGAAUACAAGGAUGGUAAAAUAUGGACAUAUGAUAAAUCUUCAAAGGAGAAACUAAUGUCGUUUUUAUCGGUUUGCUGUAGUAAUCCACAUCCUGGUUACUUUGCAUCUAUGUUUAGGUUUUACGAAGGAACAGCUGCUGAUGCACUUUUAAACUAUGAACAUGAGUGGUUACCCCUAUGGAGAAAGUCUAUAAAAGCCCUUAAUGAGAGAAGCUUUCUUGGUAGGUAUGGGGCAGACCUUCUAACUGAGUUUUGGACGUACUAUUUAAAGUUUACCGAUAGCACUAUGGAAUCAAAUGCGAAGUCAGCAGCUCAAUCAGAAAUACUUGAAACACUGGACAGUGAAAAAUCCUUGUCUAAGCUACCAACAUUAACAUUGGCUCUCAAGGAUAGUUUACCUCAGGACUUUGUGAUUGAAGAGAUCUUUAAACGUUUGAAACUUCAAGAUUCAGUAAGAGCUGCAGAUCACUAUCUGCAGAAUUUACUACUUUUGUUGAUUACCGGUUCUGACACAGGUGAGUCCUUAAGGAAUCUGAUGGAUAUAUUCCUAGAUCUUAUUAAUCAGAAUGAUAUAACUGAUGAAAAAAUCAUAUUGAUUAACAUACUCAUCCGAACCUUGGUUAAAGCCGAUCUCAAAAUACUUUGCCAGGAAUACACCAAAUAUAUAACUGUGAUACCAAAAUUGGUUAAUGAGAAUGUGUAUGAUGAUUUGGCUGGCACUGUUAUCGACUACUCCAACAUGAAGACAACCGAAAAGGGUAAGGGUGAGGCUAGUAUGGAGUGUAUUGAAGAAUUCUUUAACGUAGCGAUUACAUGCCAAAUUUCGGAUGAGAAUAUUAUCAGUACGUUGAAAUCCAUGGAUAAACAUACGGCCGAGCAACUUCUGGGAUGUCAACCACUGAAAGAGUUUAUCGACAACUACAUUGACUUAUAUAGGUACGGUGAUGACGGGAAAUUAUUCAAAACGCCUUUGAUAAGCAAUGAAAUUAUUGAUAGACUUUUUGAAAGUGCUAAAGUAAACAACCUCGUAGAACGUUUUUGUGACGCUUCCGUGGAUCUAGAGUUGGAGCAGAAGGAACAUCUUUUAAAAGCCACAGACUUUCUUCAAACGUGCAUGUUCAACAUUUCUGAAAAAUGUACCUCAAAAGUAAUGCAAAUUGCAGAAUCGUUCAUCAGUUGUAACAGUAAAAUAACAAAGAAGCUCUCUGUUACGAUAGUAGAACACGCCAAAAGCAGAGAUUCUUCGCAUCAGGAGAGACUAUGUGUUGACUACGCUAUUCAACUAUUAAAAUCUUCUCGUGAUAAUACCGAGCUUUUCUUUCCUCCCCGAUUGAUUGAGCUACUUGAUAAGGCUGUUCCCUAUAUUGACUACAGGUUUACACUUAUCAAUUGCUUAGGACUGAAUACGCAUCUUCUUCCAACUUCCCAAGAAGAGGUGGAUCUAAAUGACAUGGAAGAACUGAUCAAACUUGGAAUCUUUCUAGAUACAAUUUGUUCUGAAAUUCCCAUCUUAUUGACUGAUGAAGUAUCAGUAUUUUUGACAAUGGUCUCGGAACUCGCGGGCGAUUUCAAUUGCCUUUCUAUUAAACCAAAAGAGAGCUACGUUAAUAUUAAAAAUUCUCUGCUCAAAUCUGAUAAUUUAAAAGUAUCCGCGAACUAUAUCAUUUUAAAAUUGACAGACUCUGCUGAGGCAAAUGAAGAAAGCGAUGUUUCAACUGCGCUUUUUUCCUUAUUGCUUGCUAAGAGUGCUUCUGCAGUAAUUCAAUUUUACAGCUUUAGGAUCAUCUACAAGGUAUUGUUGAAUGAGGUUGAUUCUUUGAGUGUGUCCUCUCUCGAUCGCCUUUUACCAUCUAUUGAAAAAUUUAUUAGUAAUGUCGUGAGGUCUAAAACAUCAAAGGAUCACGAAUAUAUGGCUUCUGCUGUUAUCUUAUCAUCAGUAGUGAAUGCUAAUUGCACUAGUGAGAGAUCAUUCAUGAAAUUAAGAAAUUUUUUGGCAUCAGAGUGUAUUGGAGUUGGAGAAAAUGAGAUAUAUGAUAAGACUUGCAGAACAAUUAUAUUACUCAUCAAUUUUAUAUCGUUUUCCAAGGAACUUGGUCCCUAUACGCCAAUAGCACCGCAGAGAUUAAAUAUGAUGCUCAAAACAAUUGAAAAGUGGUUCGACAGCGACAUUCCAUACAACCCUCAAUUUAGCCUUAUGAAUUUGGUUCUGUUAAAUUUUUUCGCUUCACUAAUUUCAAAUUCUUUACCAGUUGCUUCGAAUUCUGCAAUAACUGACCUAGCUGCCAGGCUGCUUACAGACUCUCUUACCUUGUGUGAACUUGAAGAUUCGUCCUAUCUUUUAGAAUUACGUCUUUAUUCUUUGAAAUUGUAUGUUGCUGUUUCAACCGCCGGCAUUAUUUCUCCCGAAUAUUCCACUGAUAUUUUUACGUGUCUUAUGGAGCUUUGUCUCACUGAUUUUAAAUCUGAAACGAAUAACCAGAUCUCCGUUGAUUUUUAUAGGGAUUUGAACAAGGUUUUUAUGAAGUUCGAUGUUAAAAUGCUGUUGGAUUAUUAUGAUGCCUUCUUAGAUUCUUUCCUCACGAAAGCUGGCGUAAAGAAUUUCAACAGGUUAAGACUUAUAAUGAUUAUUCUGCGAAGGCUCGUCAAAGAAAGGCAGCAAGAAGCAGUCGUUGAGUAUGAACUUGAAAAACAACAAAAACUAGUUCGAGAUGAUACAAAAACAGAGGAGGUUGAAAACUUCGAGGAAGACAAUAAAGAAGAUGAAAAAUUUAAACUCCCUCAAGUUUUGAUUGAAAAAUUGAAAGAAGAGGUUCCACAAGAUUAUUUGGAAUACGAGAAUGAGUACCAAUUUCUAAAGUAUUUGUGGUACUGGGAUUUGGUUUUAGAGUUCUUUGACAGCUCAUCAUAUAAUUUGCGUCAAUUGUUCAUCGAACAGUUGAAAUUCGAGGACAUGAUCAAUAGAUUUUUCAAUUUUGUCACUGACCAAAUCGAUUUACAGGAAACGAAAUUCUGGGAAAAUGUCGAGUCGAUACAUUUUUUAAGUUAUAGUGCUACCGGAGAAGACUUUUCGCCAUUCUCAGAAGAUGUUUAUGUUGAAUGUAAGACACUUUUAGCUCAUUCUCUGUAUAGAAUGUUCGACAAUGUUGGAUCUCUUACAGCAAACUGGUGGCUGAACAUAAAGGACAGAUCUUUUCAAUCAAAAGUGGAAAAGUUUGUCACUAAAUUUAUCUCACCUAUUCUGAUUCAGCACGAGCUCAAAAUUGUUUCCCAAAAGAUGGGUUCCUUGACUUCCAAAGAUGAUGCUUUGAGUAUCAAAAUCAACAAGGUGACGGAUGAAGUCAAGGCUACCUAUUUAAUUGAUGAACAGAAAUUGGAAAUAUCUUUUAAGUUACCUGGUAAUUACCCGCUAACUAAUAUCGAGGUAAUAGGAGUCUCCAGAGUCGGUAUUAGUGAGCAAAAGUGGAAGCAAUGGAUAUUAUCUACACAACGUGUAAUUACCGGGAUGAACGGCUCUGUAAUGGACUCAUUGGAAUUGUUCACAAAAAAUGUCAAUUUACAGUUCUCUGGAUUUGAAGAAUGUGCCAUUUGCUAUUCUAUCCUGCAUGCUGUUGAUCGCAAACUUCCUACAAAGACAUGCCCAACGUGUAAUAAUAAAUUUCAUGGCGCUUGUCUUUACAAAUGGUUUAGGUCAUCCGGGAACAAUACAUGUCCCCUUUGCCGUAGUGUGAUCCCAUUCAGAAGGUGA